UUGAAUUUUGUCAGUAGUUAUUCAUAAUUAUACAAGUUCGGAUCAAAAAGUGUGGAAUGACUUUAAAAUAUUAAUUUUUAAAUAUAAUUUAAUCUCAUUAAAUUUUGGUUCAAGAGAAAUUUUUAGUUUUUUUGAUUUUUGAUAUUCCUUUUUAAAUCGGUAGUUUUGAUAGUGUUGAAAAAAAAUAAAAUCUCAACAAAAAUGGCGAAGUUAUUGCAAUUUUUUUGCUUCUUUGCUUGGGCUUUAGUAGUUGUUAAUGGAAGAGUACAAAUUCUGAAGACAGGAGCGAGUUGUAAUACAAAAACCGGCGAACCAGGAGUUUGUAAAUUGCUAUCAGCAUGUAGAGUUUAUAUGGAAGGAUUACAAAAGCAAACCAUCGAAUACAGUUCUCUUUUUAUUUGCUCAUUUAUGGGUCCAGAAGAAGUUAUUUGCUGUCCAAAUAAUGACUUACCCACAAAUCAUCACGUGAUAGGACAUAUUCCAACAGAACCUGGGACAAGACAAAGCGAGAACAACACUGAAAUUGGAAGACCAAACCACCUCGUUGUAAACUCUUUGACUUCCAACACAGAGAGAGAUGGAUCAGUUUUUAAGAGCUUUCCUUUCACCUCCGAUGAAUUUUCAACAAAAAAUCUGAAGACAGGAUCGAUUUGUCAAACAAAAACCGACGAACCAGGAGUUUGUACAUUACUAUCAGCAUGUGGAGUUUAUUUGGAAGGAUUACAAAAGCAAACCAUCGAAUACAGUUCUCUUUUUAUUUGCUCAUUUAUGGGUCAAGAAGAAGUUAUUUGCUGUCCAAAUAAUGACUUACCCACAAAUCAUCACGUGCUAGGACAUAUUCCAACAGAACCUGGGACAAGACAAAGCGAGAACAACACUGAAAUUGGAAGACCAAAAAAAAUAUUGAAGUCAGGAGCGAUUUGUCAAACAAAAACCGGUGAACCAGGAGUUUGUACAUUACUAUCAGCAUGUGGAGUUUAUUUGGAAGGAUUACAAAAGCAAACCAUCGAAUACAGUUCUCUUUUUAUUUGCUCAUUUAUGGGUCAAGAAGAAGUUAUUUGCUGUCCAAAUAAUGACUUACCCACGCUAGGACAUAUUCCAACAGAAACUAACCGACUCCAAAUACCAGGUGGACCACUCCUGUCUAGAAAAAUCCGCUCUGAGAUUGUUAGACCAUCAGUGGCAGCUUGUAAGAAAUACAGUGACCCAAAAGUAAUUAACACAAUCCUUGAUGGAAAAAAUGUGGUACCUGGUGAAUAUCCUCAUAUGGCAGGCUUAGUCUUUGAUAAUCCUAACGUUCGAUGUGGAGGGUCUUUGAUAUCAGAGCGAUAUGUUUUAACUGCUGCUCAUUGUGUUAUUAGAUCCAGGCCAAAGUUUGUUCGAUUAGGUGUGGUUGAAUGGAAUCCUACCACAGAAGAAGGUAUUAAACCUGUUGAUAUGGAGAUUAAUACCAUAAAGUUUCACCCGUCGUACAAUAAGUACGUGCAACACAAUGAUAUUGCCCUAAUUGAACUUAAGCAGGAUGUUGCAUUUUCCCCAUUUGUAUAUCCUGCUUGUCUUCACACAGAUCGCUCGGAUAUCGAUCCGGAUGUUCCAUUAGUUGUUAUUGGAUGGGGUAUUACAAAUGGCAUUGCAUUUUCAUCACUAUCGGAUAAUCUAUUAAAAACUAAUGUGACCACAGUUUUAAUAGACAAAUGCAAUACCACACAUAUUGAUCAAUAUCCUCAUUACGAUAAGUAUCACAUUGGGCUAAUUGAUGGACAAUACUGUGCAUAUGAUCGAGAAAUGAAGAAAGAUGUCUGUGAGGGAGAUGGGGGUAGUCCACUUCAAUUGGUCAGCGAUAAAAAAGAUUUGUCAAUUGUUGGAGUUGUUUCAUAUGGAGUUUCUUGUGUAACUGCAAUACCAGGAGUAUAUACUAGAGUGGCAUAUUACUUGGAUUGGAUUGAGAGUAUUGUUUGGCCAGCAGCAGCGUAGGAAAGAAUAAUGACAAAAUCUAUACUUCAUCCAAAAUAAGAAAUUUAAGAAAUGCAACUAAAAUUCCUAUGAAUAAAUAAACUGAGUUUUAGAAAUUAAUUAAAAAUGAUA